AUGCUCACAGGCGUGAACAUCACCUUCCUUGGAACAGCGUCCGCUCAGCCCUCUUCCACCAGGAAUCACUCAGCUUUGGCUCUGCGAUUAAGCGGAGAUGUCUGGUUGUUCGACUGCGGAGAGGCAACCCAGCAUCAGAUACAGAGGAGCAAAGUAAAGAUGGGCAGGAUUCAGAAGGUAUUCAUCACGCAUACUCAUGGAGAUCAUAUAUUUGGUAUCUUGCCUUUGCUAGCCAGUCGCUUAAAUGGGUCGGGCGGGAUGGUAGACGACACAGACGACGUUCGCCUCGAAACUCCAUUACAAGCUCAAGAGCCUCUCGAGAUAUACGGCCCGCUCGGUACUCGAGCCUAUAUUCGUAAUGGCCUGACCUACACCUAUACCAACCUUGGAUCCCCCUAUGUCGUUCACGAACUUCGCUUCCCCACCGAUCCUCAAGAGGGCGACUUCACCCUUCUCCCUGUUCACGCUUGCGAGCUUCCCACUGGCCGUAAUAUCACACAAUCUCCCGAUGGCGCAUGGCACGACAUAUUCAAGAACGACGAAGUCUCCGUCUCUGCUGCGCCUAUCUUACAUUCCGUGCCAUGCGUGGGGUACGUAGUGAAUGAGGCUCCGGUCCCGGGGAAGAUGGACCCCAAGAAGUAUAUCCCGCACAUUGAGCGCACGAAGUCGCCGAGGUCUAUCCUUAGUAGGUUACAGCGAGGGGACACCGUUCAGCUGGUUGACGGGACGGUGUUGGAGGGACCUGCGAAACGACCUGGUCGGAAACUGGGCAUUCUCGGCGACACUUACGAUCCGUCGCCCAUCGCAGGCUUAGCGCAAGACUGUGACGUCCUCAUACAUGAAUGUACGAACGCGUUCCUUCCUGGUCUGGACCCGAAUACGAAGCAGGACGAUACGUAUGAGACGGUGGAGGAGAGGGCGAAAUCCAGAGGACAUUCGACGCCACAGAUGGCUGGGGCGUUCGCGAGGAGGGUGGGUGCCAAGAGGCUGAUUCUGAAUCAUUUUUCGGCGAGAUAUGCGGGGAACGAUGAUGUAGAUGAGGAGGCGAGAACGAUAAUGGGGGCGAUCAGAGCUUUGGCUGUAGAGCAGUACCAGGGAGAUGUUGUCUGUGCACGAGAUUUCAUGAGCGUCGACGUAGAAUACAAUCAGAAAGCUUAA